UGGAGCUUUUGAUUGGCUAGCGGGGUUCGCUUUAACCGCAAUGUUGUCUAAUUUCCUCAAAGCCAACAACAAACAAAACUGAAAACAAACUAAAGCGGUAAAAGUUGAAAAUUACGCACAUUUUAGAACGCAGUCAGUUAUGUUGUUUUUUUGUAAUGUGAGUUAACUUUCUGUUUCGUUUAAUUAGCGAUUAGCUCGUGCCUGUUACUAGGUUGUCAGUAACGGAGUGGAUCGGCUAGUCACUUUCAGAGAGACUUUACUUCAGCAAGAGAACUGACACAACUCAACUUCUCCACAUACACACACUCUCUGCAAAUAUCAUCCUUCAGGUCCUCUGUGUGUGUGUGAGUGUGUAAGAGUGCGUGUCGGUCAUGUGGAGGAAGGCUGUGCUGGUGGCGGUGUUGGCGCUGGGGAUGGGUUAUCUCUACCACACUGACCCAGAGCUGCCGGCCCGCAUGCUCAGCUACGUCAGCCAAUCACUGCCACCGAUGGAGGCUGGUGGAGGAUCAGAACCCCGCCCACCCACACUGGAGGAGGCCAUCGCUCGCGCCUGGCAGACCCUCAUCACGGCUCCGGCCCGCCGCUGGGGGAGAGUUGCAGUGGGGGUGAACGCCUGUGUGGAUGUGGUGGUGUCCGGCGUGGGGCUGCUGCAGGCGCUCGCUCUAGAACCAGGCUCCGGCAGAGACCACGAGGUGCUACACAGCAAAGAGGACCUGAAGGAGGCCUUCAUCCACUACAUGGGGAAGGGCGCAGCAGCAGAGCGUUUCUUCUCAGAUAAGGAGGUUUUCCAGAGGAUCGCACGAGCCGCUGCAGAGUAUCCCGGCGCUCAGCUUUAUGUGGGCGGAAACGCUGCUCUGAUUGGCCAGAAGCUGGCAUCUAACCCACAACUAGUGGUCCUAUUGUGUGGUCCGGUGGGGCCGAAGCUUCACGAGAUGCUGGAUGAACAGAUCGUGGUGCCGCCAGAAUCUCUGCAGGAAACGGAUGAGUACCACCUGAUCCUGGAGUACAAGUCAGGUGAACAGUGGGGUCCUUCACGAGCUCCUCAGGCGAAUCGCUUCAUUCUCUCCCACGAUGUCUCCAAUGGGGAAAUGAGCGCGCUGGAGAUGUUCGUGGCCAGUCUGGAGGAGUUCCAGCCGGAUCUGGUGGUUCUAUCCGGACUGCAUAUGAUGGAAGGAAUGGGCCGGGAACUCUGGGAGGAACGACUCAAAGAGGCUGUGGUGGCCAUCUCAGACGUGAGGAACGAGGUGCCCAUCCACCUGGAGCUGGCCAGUAUGACGGACAGAGACUACAUGAACCGAAUCCUGCAGGAGGUCAUGCCCAUCGUGAACUCCAUCGGUCUGAACGAGCAGGAGCUUUUAUUCCUGACCCAAUCAGGAGGAGGCCCUCACUCCGACCUCACUUCAUGGGACGGCGUACCAGACGUGGGCCGAGUCACAGACAUCCUCCUCUGGGUCCUAGAGCAACACGGCCGGGCGGACGCACAAUCAGAAGCCGACCUCACCCGCAUCCACUUCCACACACUAGCAUACCACAUCCUGGCUACGGUGGACGGGCACUGGGGGAACCAGGCGGCGGCGGUGGCAGCGGGCGCGCGUGUGGCUAGCAGUCAAGCGUGCGGUUUGCAAACCAUCGAUAUCUCAAAAGUGCUUCUUAAGGCACCGUUAAACUUCCACAGCUCCUUCUCGGAGCCGAGAGAGAGUCUAAAAGUGGAGCCGUCCCGACCGGUGACCGUGUGGCGGAGAGGAAACGUUUCUUUCCAUCUCACACCCGUGCUGGUCUGCAAACAGCCGCUGAGGACUGUGGGAUUGGGCGACGCUAUUUCAGCCGAGGGACUCGUGUUUUCAGAGCUCACGUCUGAGGUUUAGAGACACGCCGGUCUUAUUUUAUCUUUUUUUUUUUUUACUCUAAUGAUGGGAAGAGAGAGAGAGAGAGAGAGAGAGAGGAUGUUUGUUGUGGAGAUGGAGUGUGCACUGUUAUUCUCUAUUUGGAGAUUAUUAUUGUUUUUCCUCUGAGAUUAUAUUGAGAAACUCUGCACUGAAUGACAUGAGCCAGCCUCCGCUAUUAGUUUUAUGUUUAUUAUUAUUAUUAAUAUUGGUCACACUUUAUUUUGAUGAAUUUAAGGUACACUGCAUCUACAUGCUAACUUUUCUCAUUGGAUUAUAAGUAGACUGUUAGUGUUCGUGAAAGUUGACGUACUCGCAGUUUCUUAUAGUCAGUUAAAUGUCUGUUGAAGGAGCAGAUAUUAAGCAGACAGUCUACUAAUACUCAAUUGGACCAUCAAAAUAAAGUGUUACCAUAUUAUUUACCACAAAUCAAACUCUGUCAUUAUACACUCCAUUUGUUUAUUGCAGUUUUUAUUUUGGUAAUUUCUUUUACUAUAAGGUUGUAUUUGUUAAUUGAUUUACUAACGAUGACUAAUACAUUUAUUACACUCACAGAAAUCAGUCCAAGGCACUCGUAAAGUGUGGAAAAUUUAAAAAUGUAAUAUUCACAUGGCUAAAUCUUAAAAAACCUACGCGUUUCAGCAGGGAUCUGCCUUCAUCACGUUAACAACGGUCAGGUGCUUCUAGUGCAGGGAUCACCAAACUUGGUUCUCGAGGGCCGGUGUCCUGGAUAUUUUAGUUCCAACCUCAAUUAAACACACCUGAACCAGCUAAUCAAGCUCUUCCCUACUGAAAAAAACAGCUUAAACAA